AUGACGGAGGUGAUCCUCCAUGUAUAUGAUGUGACGAAUAGUGGUUCUGAUAAGACCAAUAAUACAAUCAUGCAGAUCAAUAAGAUCUUCAAGGACGGUAUUGGUCUAGGUGGCAUCUUCCACAGCGCCGUUCAGAUUUAUGGAGAUGACGAAUGGUCCUUUGGGUACUGUGAGCAAGGUACUGGAGUUUUUAGCUGCCCAUCUACAAAGAAUCCAAUGUAUACAUUCCGUGAAAGCAUCAAACUUGGAGAAACUACCUUUUCUAUCGUCAAGGUUAAUCAGAUCCUGAGGGAACUUAGUAGAGAGUGGCCUGGACACUCUUAUGAUUUGUUAUCAAAAAAUUGCAAUCAUUUCUGUGAUGAGUUUUGUGAAAGACUUGGUGUGCCAAAGCUUCCUGGUUGGGUGAACAGGUUUGCACACGCUGGUGAUACUGCUGCUGAAAUAGCAGAAAGCACAGCUUAUCGAUUUAGGCAAGCUAAAACUGAGAUUGUAACUGCUAGCAGAGUGGCGUAUCGGUUUCUUGCAGGAGUUGCUUCCAACAAUUCACUUCUGAAUGCAGAGUCCCCGAGCAACUCUAAUAGAGGAGGAUCUCCUAGACUCCAAGCUAGUUGGUUCAAGAACCUUAUUUCUUCUGGUGCUAAACCAUCAAGUAGUUCAGAAAUGGAAAAUCAGGAUGAAGAGACGACUCAGCAGCAACAGCAACGGGAUGCCGAAGCACCGCUGAGGCAGAACUCACAACGUAUUAUCUGA